AUGCUGGUGGAGUUAUACCAGAGGCUAUCAGAUGAGCAGCGGCAAAGCGAAGCCGAUGCUGAAGCGCCAGCGAAACGUGUUCGACAGGCUGGCUGCCCUAAGCCAAAACGUCGCAAAACGAUAGAAGUCUUUGAAGACGAGAAAGAAGACGAUGACAACUAUAAGAUGUCCGGUGUUGUCUCUGUCGCACCGCCAACUUCAUCAAAGGGCAAGGAGAACGAGGGCCGCACUACGCCAAAGAGAGAAACUACCUAG